CUUGUCUAGGUUAACAGUGCAAUUUUUUUAAAAGUGGAUUAAGUUAUUGGUGGGGACAUUUCUAUGGUCAGUGGAUAUUGGUGGGAACGCAUCACCUCUGUCCACACCUGUCUAAAUGUAAAAGUGAAAACAGAAUCUUUUUGACGGUUCUCGGUGGGGGGAAAAAGAGAAAAAAUGGGACCACCACAAUCAAAAUAUGAAAAAAAGCAUCUGCAGCCAAGUGGUCAGAUGGGUAACAAAAGAGAUGGGAGUCAAUCACAGACUGGUGAUCGACGACAUACAAAAGACCAUGUUGAUAUUAAAACUGAAUCACAAAGAAAACCAAAAAAAGCAAUGUCAACAUGCAGCUAUGAUUCUGGAUAUGCUGUGUCAACAAAUGAGCCACUAUAUGAUGAGAGUAAUCUUGAUGAAAGACGUACACAAAGCAGUUCUUCCUGGGAACGCCCUAACCUAGUAUAUCGACAGGAUUUGGAUAUGUCUACACUCAGAUAUGCUGUGUCAGCAAAUGAGCCACUAUAUGAUGAGAGUAGUCUUGAUGAGAGACGAACACAAAGCAGUUCUUCCAGGGAACGUCCUGACCUAGUAUAUCAACAGGAUUUGGAUAUGUCUACACUCAGAUUGUCACAAAGGUCUUCAGGAAAAACACUUCCAUACCUGGAUGAUCACAGUCAAUCACAGAAAACACGGCCAACCCAAGAUUUGGAAAAACCAUGGAGAAAAUUUGAUUGGGGACAGAAACAAGAGCUAUUGAGACGCUUAGAACAAUUUUCUCCAAGUAAUCCAACAGUUACAAACAUAAAGGUUCUGGUAGCUGGACAAGUUGGAGCUGGAAAAUCCAGCUUUAUUAACUCUGUGAAUAGUGCCUUUCAAGGAGAGAUUGCUCGUGAUGCAUUAGCUGAUGCAACUACAGGUGGAAGUUUCACACGAAAGUUGGAAUCAUACCGCAUAAGAAGUGCAGAUGGAGAUUUGCCUUUUGAAAUCUGUGACGUCAUGGGGUUAGAACCUGAAAUACUGUCUGGGUGUCAUCCAGCAGACAUUAUCAGCACCAUAUAUGGCCAUGUAAAUGAUGGAUAUAAGUAUAAAGACAAGAACCCUCUCUUUCCUGAGGAUGAACAUUACAAAAGAAAACCAUCAAUGUCCGACAAGGCUUUCUGUCUGGUCUAUGUCAUAGAUGCAAGUACUAUCCAAUUCACAGAUGACAGACUUAUUGAGAAGUUAAGAAUUAUUCGUAAUAAAAUCAGCGAAGAAGGCAUUCCUCAAGUGGUUGUCAUGACCAAAGUGGAUGAAGCUUGUCCGCUGGUCAGAGAUGAUUUGAGGAAAAUCUACACGAGCAAGAAGAUCAAAGAGAAGAUGGAGCUGUGCAGUGCUAAAGUUGGUGUGCCGAUGAAUAACAUCUUCCCAGUGAAGAACUACCAUGAUGAGAUCGACACAGAUGACGAUAUUGAUGCUCUGAUACUGAAGGCUCUUGAACAGAUUGUUCAGACUGCUGAUGAUAGAUUGCUGGAUCGUGAAAACUACUUAGACAGUAAUUAAUGCAUGGGACGUUAUACAUUUUCUUUACAUGAACAGCAUAAUAGGCUAACAUGACUCAGUAGAGGAUUGUGUUUUGUCUUACAAAGGGGCUCAAAGCUAAUGAAAUGCUUUAUUACAGUCUAAUUAAAAAUCUGCAAAUAAUACAAAGAUUAAGAAUAAAGUAAACCCACAUUUAAUAUCAAACAACUGUAGAGUGGAGGAACUAUGACGUCCCCUUGUAGGCUAAUCAGCUGCUAGCAUAAGACUGGUUCUCUUGAUAAAAUCCCUAUAGGAUUUUCCCAUAGGCUUUUCGAAGAUUGUAAAUAAUAAGCUGUGUGUUCAAACACUGUUCAUUACACUUACAUGUUUUGUCCAGCCGGAUAAUCCUCACACGAAAAUACAACUUUUAGAUCUUAAAUGCAAACGCAAGAACUGAAAAGCUAACAUUAGGCUAACGGACUCAGUGACUUCAGGGCGCUCGCCUGUGAUGUCAGCACCACCCUGCUACAGACAACUCUUCAAGCUUAUUUUUAGAAAUAUGCUCCAUGUCAAAGAGUUAAUCUCUUUGUUUAUUAUAUUAUAAUCAACACCAUAUACUGUAUUAUAAACAAAUAAAUACGCAAAAAUCACAUAGACCUACGUGCUUUUUGAGUAUUUUACAUGGGAAAUACAUCUGUUUUGCUUUACGGUUGUUGUAAAAGUUUUAAAACUGUAUGUAUGAAUGUGCCUACAUAGUAUUAUUAUUAGACAUAUUUAAAUGUGUAUCGCUCGCCUGCAUACAGCCUGCUUACCUUAAUAGUAGAUGACAGAAAUGAGGCGUGAGGAACAAGUCUAUCAAAUACCUGCAAGUUCCAUCAUGGACACAGAACAACAUUCAGUAUUCUUUUUAUGUCACGAAGUACAGUGAAAAGCAGCCCAUAAAGUCACAUAUGCCAUACA